CAUAGCUAUACUUCGAUUAUAUAUUUACACUUGAUAUUUGCUAUCGGUAAAUUGCCAUUGAAAUCUACUCCAGUAAAGGAUAUAUUGACCUUAUGUAGGUAAAGGAACACGAUACCGUAUUGACAACCAGCUGUGACCAGGAAGCGGUGGGUAAUAUCCUGAUAUAUUCGAAACUAAAGAGGCUUCUCCUACUAACAAUUAAACUUGACAUUGAUUUUCUGACGUAAAUUGCAGAUAUCGAAGGUUUUAUGAAUGAAUCUAGACCUAAUACAGCUGUAGUGAGUACGUAUAUUGUUUUGCCUGAUUUAUCAAAUUUACCAGUAGAAUCCAUAACAUACGUUAAUCUAUGUGGACAAUUGACCGUGAACUGAAUCGGGACGUAACUAGGCCACGUGGUGGGAGUCGACUUAGACGCUGGAACGACGCUAUGGAUGAUGGCCGGAAUGAGGUCACAUCAACCUUCAUGUGCGUCAGCAGACGACAGUUGGACUGUACAUUUGAGAGGAUUAUUCAGGGACUAUGACGUAUUGGAAUGUGUUCAUCCUAAGAAUGGAACAUCACGGGAAAGUACAUCUAUAGCUCAACGACUUCCAGAUGAGAUCUUAGUCAGGAUAUUUCGUUACUUGGAGCCAAUCCUCGAUCAGGUUCCACAACUAGCUCUCGUCUGCAAAAGAUGGAGGAACGUUUUGAAGACAUCUGGGUCAAUCUGGAGGAACAUCCAUGUUGACCCAACCAAUUAUGAAUAUUGGCACUUCAGCAUGCUCUUCUGCAUCUUUCGCGUAUAUGGGACCCAUAUCCAGAAACUCACGUGGAAGGAUAACGCCCUCGUAUAUGAGUCUGUGUUUGCCCUCAUCCCAAAGCUUACGUCUUUGAAAUGUCUAAGACUGCCCAUAUCAUGGAACAGGGUAGUGGUGGAGAGUCUACUACCUCUCAGUAACCUAGAGGAUGUACAGAUCAACGGGGGUUAUGCAAUCACCGAUGCUGAACUACAACUUAUUGCUCAACAUUUUCCCAACAUUAAAAGUAUUUCUCUAAAUGCAUGCUGGUCAGUGACAGCGUAUGGCGUUGUGGGACUGUUUGAUUCACUAACUGGUCUUGAGGAUGUCAAGCUCAAGAUUAACUCCGGACUACCGCUCAAUGAUCUACGGAGUGAAGAUGCAAUGAUGCAGGGUGCUUUCGUCGUCCAAUCAGUGUCUGAUUCCAUCCAUGCUUCCAUGGUGACCGUUCUUUGUUUACACUUUGUUUCCAUAGAGAUGGAUGAGCUGUGGCACACCAUUAGCAGCUUGACCAGAUUAAAGAAAUUAAGUCUCAGUAAUUGUGAGAAUCUACAUGGUAUUCGUCUUGUAACAGGUUCCCUCCAUAAGAUCUACCUAUAUAACCUAUGGAACGUCCUAUUCGUCAGUAUUAAUGCUCCAAAUCUACGCUUGGCAACGUUAGACCAGGGACUAGAGUCAAUGGAACAUUUAGAGAUGUUUACACCAAAAUUACGCCGACUACAAGUCGAUGGAUGUGACGCUUUACGCACAAUAAAUGUCCGAAGUACCAAAUUAGUGCUGCUACAUAUCGACAAUUGCUCAGAGUUAGACAUGAGGAGCUUUAGAGAAACACUACAGUACAACGAAUCUAUAGUCAGCCUUAAAAUAGGUAGAUUACCCAUUGAUGACCUCUACUUAAAUGAACAAACGUGUCCAAAUAUCCAAGAAUUAUGCUUACUCAGCAGUUUCUCGGCAUCUGUUUUGCACCUCCGUAGUCCAACUCUUCGACUUCUCCAUACCACCUCUGAUAAUGACAUAGAGAGUCUCAGUUAUAUUUACAUCCUUGCUAAUCAUAUAUGCAAAGUAUCGUUAGUCUGCAUUCCCACCAUGCGCAGUAUUACCAUACAGUGUGUUAGCAUAGACUCAGUUGAACUGAACCUGUGUAGUGACACUCAGAUGGUGUUAGAAGCGGUGGUCAUACAGGCAUUUGGCUCUAUAGGCUUUCUUAGACUGUUUGACUGUGAUGUCAAACUUUUGUCAGUGACCUCCCCAUUGGUAAAGACACUAGUGUUAUACAGGUGUGUAAUAUCUGACUAUACGUUAUCAAUGAUGCUCAAAGGCUGUGCCAAUAUAUACCACCUUUGUUUAGAGAAGUGCCAAAAUUUCAAUGAGAUGGCAGUAGCUUUGCCUCAUUUGAAGUAUUUGAACUUGUAUGACUGCUAUGGUCUCCAACGAUUAGACAUUGAUUGUCCAGCUUUGGAUGCACUAAACGUUGGGCAUUGCCCCGUGACAAAGAUCUACGUUAAAGGACACGAAAUGCUUCCUCAUGAACUAGACUCUUGUGUAUAUGGUCGUAGUGUUCGUUUGGUGUACCCAAAACAGUCUAUACGUUGGAGUCAUGAUUUUCCUCCCCAAGUCUAUGCAAGUACCACUGCUACAUAAUUAACUACAUCUUUGGAAAGAUGACCAGUAUGAGCACAAGUGUAUUAUUCUCGAGCUCGUUCUGAUUUAUGCCACUGAAGAGUUUCGCAUCAUUACAAUGGUGGCAGAUGGUGGGAUAUUAAGGACCUCUGCUGUAGAGUCAAGAUAUGUCAACUGCACAAAUGUUCAAAAAGCAAUUGAUAAUGUUAGAAAUAUGUUUUCUUCUGAUGGCUUAGAAUAAGUACUUAUUAAACAAUACUUAAAGGCAGAAUCGGAUCUUGUGAGAUGUCACUGACAAGUCUCUUUUGAUUAAAAUUGUUUCAAUUUUCAUUCCUUGUCAUGUCUAUUUUC